AUGGCUAAUAAUUUGUCACUACGAAGCAUCUUGGAUGCAAAUAAACUCACUAGCCCAAACUUCCUCGAUUGGUUUCGGAACCUCAAGAUCGUCUUGAAACAGGAGAAGAAAUCCUAUGUCCUUGACACUUCUAUUCCACCAGUCCAUAUUGCUGAUGCUAAUGCUGAGGAUAAGGAAACAUAUCAACGUCAUAAGGAUGAUGAUGAUCAGGCAGCAUGUGUGAUGCUAGCUAAUGUGACCCUUGAGCUCCAAAAGCAGCAUGAACGUAUAGAUGUCCAAUCCAUGAUUCUUCACCUUAGAGAAUUGUUCGAUAAAGAGGGGUGCAUUGAGAGAUAUGAGAUCUCUAAAGAACUAUUCCGAUGUAAGAUGGCAGAAGGUAGUUCUGUUAGACCCCAUGUGCUGAAGAUGAUUAGACUCAUCGAGAGACUUGGACAAUUGGGAUUAGUAAUGGAUCAUGAGCUAAGUAUAGACUUAGUUCCACAAUCUCUUCUUGAUAGCUUUAGUCAGUUUGUGUUGAACUUCCAUAUGAAUCGUUUGGAAGCCACUCUUCCUAAACUUCUAAAUAUGUUAGACACGGUAGAGAGGUCCAUCAGGAAAGAUAAGGGAUCAUUGCUUCUUGUUUCUUCCUCUAAGGCUCAUACAAAGCAACUGAAGAAGAAAGCCCCAAAAGGGAAGAAGGUAAAAUCCCAAAAUGAGAAGGCCUUGAAGCCUAAGGAAGGUGUCAAAAAGGACAAAGAGAAGGACAUUUGCCAUCAUUGUGGCAAACUUGGGCAUUGGAGGAGGAACUGCAAGGAGUACUUUAUAUAUUAG